CCACUUCCGGACCGGGCGUGCGGCGGCCGCAGCUGUCAUGUUGCGCGCCCUGAAGCGCCUGGCCCCGCGGCCCGGGUGCCAGCCCUCGACCGUGCUGGUCCUACCCGCGCGCGGCCGCAAAACCCGCUACGACCCGCCUGCCAAGUCCAAGGUCGGGCGCGUGAAGAUGCCGCCCGCAGUGGACCCCGCGGAAUUCUUCGUGUUGACCGAGCGCUAUCGGCAGUACCGGCAGACCGUGAGCGCGCUCAGGCAAGAGUUCAUGUCGGAAGUGCGCAGGAAAGCGUACGAGGCCCGGUCCGGGGUCCUGGCUGAGCGCAAGGUGCAGGAGGCCGCCGCGGAGCACCGGGCGCUCAUGGCUUGGAACCAGGAGGAGAACCGGCGGCUGCAGCAGCUAAGGAUAGCUAGGUUGCAGCUGGAAGCACGGGACCAGGAGCUGCGACAGGCCGAGGACCAGGCCCAGCGGGCCCGGGAAAAACAGGCUUGGGUGCAACUGAAAGAACAAGAAGUGCUCCAGCUGCAGGAAGAGGCCAAAAACUUCAUCACCCGGGAAAACCUGGAGGCACGGAUAGAAGAAGCGCUGGACUCUCCCAAGAACUAUAACUGGGCCAUCACCAGAGAAGGGCAGGUGGUCAAGAACUGAGCACAGAGGCUCCUAGGGGCCCAGAGUAAGGACAGUGCUUGCCAAGGAGCCCUGUGUGCGUCCUAUGGCAGAUGGCUGAUCCUUUCCUAGAGCAGCCUCCAUUCACCCCAGGUUCUGCGCUCACUGCCUGACCAGAAGCUGUUCUGACAUUACAUACAAACUCCGGACAGCAUCAGACUCUGGGAAGUUCCUGUCACACGAAGGAUCAAGCUGGACUACAACCCCUCUAGCAGCCAAACUAUCUUCUGCGUCUCAUGGAGGAUUGUGAACCAAAUGGUUGCCACUUUUUUAAGUAAAGUUUUACUGGAACCCGG